AUGUGGUCCAAAAGUUUCUAUUUUGUGUUCUUUAUGGGGUCUUCAAAAAAGCAUCAAGUGGAAGGAGGAUUAGAAUCAGAAAGCAAGAAAUGGGUAAUUGCCGGAAUAGCGUUAUGUGCUCCAUUAAGAUCGAUAUCCACAAAGCCGAAGGAGUCUGAGGAGGAGGAGAAGGAGGAGGCGUUUUCGACAACACCUACGGCGAAAGAAGCACAAAUACCGCAGGGAUUGCCGUGCCCGCCAGCCCCGAGGAAGCGCCGGCCUACAUCAACGUGCCAUUACAAUUUUUCAAGGGUGUAUUUUACUCCUCCAGACUUGGAAUCAAUAUUUAUUGAGAGAGCGAAUUGA